UGCCCGUCUAAAUAAUAUAAACAUUUGUGACUGUAUUUACUAUCAAAACGACCAGCAUGGCGAGUUUGAAAUUGUUUUUAGUAUUAAUCGUAUCUUAUUCGCUGGAAACACACGGGGCUCACAAUAUACUAUUUCCAAUUGGAGGAUUAUUUAAUUCUAAAACUUUGCCGAAUUCGGAGAUAGCUUUCGAGAACAUUGUCAAUAUGGGCACUACAAAAGUAUAUCACGGGAGAGCCAUUCACUCGCAAGUUGUGGACAGUUAUUCAACAGCUCUUGAAAUGUGUCCACUCACGUCGGAUAAUAAAGGCUUUGUGGCGCUUGUUGAUGCACGACCUACGAAUGGAAUUUGUGAUAUUACAUGCUUGAUAUGCAACAGACUCAAUAUAUCUCAUUUGAUACUAGGAUGGGAGCCGCCAGCGACUUUAGAACAGGAUAUAUUUACGUUUUCCUACCACCCUCCACCGGAGUUAAUCUCAAAAGCCUACGCAACACUGAUCAAAAAACUCCAAUGGGACAAGUUCACGAUUCUUUAUGAGGACGAUGGCAGCUUCAUUCGUCUUCAAGAAGUGAUCAAUUCCUGGCCAUAUAACCAGGAUCAGAUAUUGUUUAGAAAACUGGAUCCACUCGGUGAUAAUCGGGAAACCUUUAAAUACAUAUUUAAGGUUGUUCACAUGAGCUACCACGUUCUAGAUUGCGAUGUAAAAAACAUUCACAAAUACAUGGAAGAAAUAGUUAAAGUUGAAAAUUCAACCCAAUACCAGAGUUUCAUAUUGACCGCUCUUGAUGCUUAUACUGUGGAUCUCAAAGCGAUUCCCGAACUCAUGGCGAACGUGUCCACGAUGCACUUAACUAAGCUCAACGACGAAGGUUGGAAAGAUUUAGAUAUGAAUGUAGAAGACAAUUCAGUUCGGUUAGAAACAGCACUGGCGGUCGAUGCCUUAUACCAUUUAGAGAGAGCUAUCAGAAGCUUGGGAAUAGAUACCAUAGAUGAUUCGAGAAGAUCACAAUUAGUAAUAGACGAUCCUCCAUCGAUGUGCUUCCGAGACAGUAAGAUGGAUUACGAAGCAGUGGCUUGGCCUUUGGGAACAAAGCUGAGGGACGCUUUAAUAAGGACGAGUUCUGCAGGCUUCACUGGAAACAUUUCAUUUGAUAAAUACGGGAAGAGAAAGGACUUCGUGCUGUAUUACUCGAAGUUGAGUACCGACAGUCGAUUUAACUAUGUUGGCUACUGGGAUUCGAGAACAGACAUGUUAGUUGCUCAAAAUGAUGUCACUGAACGAUCUUCCGCUCGCUCUGCGAAGUCUGUAAUACGGAUCGUAUCAAGGAACGAAAGGCCCUACUUCGAAAUGGACGAAACUAAUUCAACUGCGACGCCACGUGGUUACGUCGUCGAAUUAAUGAAGAAAAUAUUUGAGCAUAUACAGACUAAAUCGAAAAAUCGAGAAGAAUUUCUAUAUGAAUUUUAUAGAGUAAAAGGUGACAGUUAUGGUAAUCCUAUCGCUGGGACCAGGAAAUGGGAUGGGGUUAUUGGAGAACUUUUGGAACAUAAUGCUGAAUUGGCAAUAUGCGAUCUGACGAUCACGUCAGAACGUAACGCCGUCGUGGACUUUUCAACGCCCUUCAUGUCAUUAGGCAUUAGUUUGCUUACUAAAGAACCUGAACCAGUUGCAACAAAUAUGUUUUCGUUUAUUAAACCUUUGUCAUUAGACGUGUGGUUGUAUUUGGCGACUACGUACAUUAUUGUAUCUUUUGUACUGUUAAUUUGCGCUCGAAUGAGCCAAGGAGAUUGGGUUAAUCCACAUCCAUGUAACCAGAACCCUGAAAAUUUGCAAAAUAUCUGGAGUCUUUAUAAUUGUAUGUGGUUAACAAUGGGCUCCAUUAUGACUCAGGGAUGUGAUAUACUUCCAAGAGCUGCAGGUUCCCGUUGGGUAGCAGGAAUGUGGUGGUUCUUCGCUUUGAUCGUAACGGCAUCGUACACGGCCAACAUGUCCACCUUUCUCAGUGCAAACAGACGCAGCAAUGAAAUAACGGAUAUAAACGAUCUCACUGGCAAAAACAGUAUCUCAUAUGGAACACUAUAUAACGGAUCUACUUACAAGUUCUUUGAGACUUCAAACGAUACUUUGUACAAAAAACUGUGGAGUGUAAUGAAAUCCACAAAACCGACUGUUUUUACUCGCAGCAAUGACGAGGGUCGAGAUCGCGUGCAGAGGAGUAAAUCAAAAUAUGCUUUUUUUAUGGAAUCCACUUCCAUUGAAUAUUAUAUGCAGAAAUAUUGUGAUCUCAAAAUGAUUGGGAAGUUAGAUUCGAAAGACUACGGUAUUGCAAUGCCAAAGAAUUCACCUUACAAAAGUCUAAUCGAUAGCGCGAUUUUGGCACUCCAAGAGUCAGGAGAACUUUCGGAAUUGAAAAAGAAAUGGUGGGAGCAGGAAGUUAACUCGAAAACUUGCAAGACAACUGAAAAUGAAAAAGACGAUGACUCGCUGCAAAUGAAAAACACCAGCGGUAUAUUUUUGGUUCUUGGUGUGGGUGGUAUCAUUGGAUUUUUCGUGGCCAUUAUAGACUUUCUUCUCCACGCCAAGAAGAUUUGUGUCAAAGAAAAGGUGACAUUUAAAGAAGCGCUCGCGAGCGAAUGGCGCGCGUCCUUAAAUCCGAGAGCUUUACAUAAACCAGCCGCUCCCCCGCGCUCCGCUGCCCCCUCGACCGCAACACCGUCCCCGCAACGAGAGCGUUCGCAAUCACGUGCCGUCUCAGUGCUUCGAGCUGCCUCAUCAUUUAUCAACUUUGAUGAGAUUUAUUAAAAAUAUUAAACAAAUACACACAUACCGAUAGUCUUUAAAAGAAAUGGGUAUUAUAUUUACUAACCAAU